UGACACAUACACAAAACGUCAUCGUUAAUAUGCAACACCCAAAGCAACCGACCUACAAAUACCCCCUUGCCCUUUCUUCUUCUUCUCCUCUUUACUCUUCAAAGUCUCCGCCACACACUUCUAUCCAUUGAAACUCCUCUCAUCUUUCACAUAAACACCUACAAUGGCCACUUCAUUCUCUACCUUGACACCUUUUCUUUUCAUCCUCCUUCUCUCCAUCCCCUCCGUUCUUGAAGCAGCUCAUCACCACACGGCGGCGCCGGCUCCGGCUGUAGACUGUUCGAUGCUCAUACUCAACAUGGCUGAUUGUUUGUCCUUUGUUUCCGCUGGAGGUACGGAGGCCAAGCCGGCUAGUUCGUGUUGCAACGGCCUUAAGACGGUGCUCAAGACUGACGCAGAGUGUCUAUGUGAGGCGUUUAAAAGCAGUGCUUCUCUAGGAGUUACUUUGAACAUGACUAAAGCAGCUACACUUCCCGCUGCAUGCAAGCUUCACGCUCCUCCUAUGGCUGCUUGUGGAUUGUCCGCCGCUCCUACUAUGGCUCCAGGUCUUGCUCCAGGAGGAGCUGCUGCAGCUGCUGGACCCGACUUAAGUUUUCUAGCUCCAAACCCAUCUCCAGGGAACCACGGAUCUUCCUUGCUUCCCUUCUCCUUCACCACCGUACUCGGUGCUAUGUCCUUCGUAUUGUUCUUGUCUCGUGUCUAGAUAAAAGCCUUAUUCACCAGCCCGAUUUGGUUGUAUGAAAUGGCUUUGGGUUUGGGUUUUCGUGACUUUAGUUUUGCGUGUCUUUUGAGUCUACUUCUGUUUUAGACCAUGUCGGUUUCUGUUCGUAGUUUAUUUAAUCUUAAUUACGUUUCACAUUGGUCCUUUUAUCUAAGAACAUCUCUGAUCCCUCGUA